AUGGCACAUCAUCGUCAUCAUCAUCAUCACCAACAAUCCCACAAAGUUGUCAAGGCCACCACAGCACUCACUCUCACCGGCUCUCUAUUAGUCCUCUCUGCCCUCACCCUAUCCGCCACUAUCAUUGGCCUUGUCCUCGCCACCCCUGUCUUCGUGAUCUUCAGCCCUGUUCUAGUCCCUGCUGCAAUCACCAUUUUUCUCCUAGCAGCUGGAGUUUUCACCGCGGGUGGACUAGGGAUCACCGCCACCUUUGUGUUUUCGUGGAUGUACAAGUACGUGAAUGGACAGCACCCCAUUGGAGCAGACCUGCUGGACUCAAUAAAGUCGAAAUUUGUGGCCACAGCUGCGGCUAUAAGGGAGAAAUCGGCUCAGCUUGGGCAUGAUGCUCUUAAGAAAACUAAUCAGUAA